AAAGACACCAAAACCACGGAGAAAGUUAAGAGAGAAGAUUUUCCCACGAAAAUUCUCUCUCUUCCCUCCCCCUCUCUCUAUCUAUCCCUCUUUAUAAUUCAAGAGAAUAUGUCUCUGUAGAUCUCUCUCUAAAGAAGCACCACAUUUCCUGUUUUUAUCUCUCCUAAAAAAUACAACAAGAACAACAACUAUAGAUAUAUAUAUGUAUGCAUACAUGCACAUUGCAUUGUAUACGUAGAAAGAUACCUUUUCUUUUCUUUUCUUCGUUUUUUUGAGGUUAAAUGGGAAAUAUUUGAAUUGGGUUUUUUGAGAUAGGAUCUCUAGAGUUGGAAAGAUUGGAUUUUUUUGUUGUGGGGUGAUGAUAUUUUUGAAGGAAAGAAAAAAAUGGAAACAGAGCAGCAGCAACAAGUUUGGCCUUUCUCUGCUGCUUCUGUUGUAGAGGACAUGAUUCAAGAAAAUAUUGGAGCUCGACCAAGAGAUGUUGAUUUGGUGGCUUCAAGAAAAGCUGAAGAAGCUUCCUUGAGAAGGUAUGAAGCAGCUGGGUGGCUUCGAAAGACAGCAGGAGUUGUUGGGGGUAAAGAUUUGCCAGCUGAGCCCUCUGAAGAAGAAUUCAGGUUUGGAUUGCGAAGUGGGAUAAUUUUGUGUACAGUCCUUAACAAGAUUCAACCUGGAGCAGUUCCAAAGGUAGUGGAAGGUCCUGGUGAUUCUGUUGAAGUUCCUGAUGGGGCUGCUUUAUCAGCAUUUCAGUACUUCGAAAACGUGAGAAACUUCCUGGUAGCUGUUGAGGAAAUGGGGAUUCCAAACUUUGAAGCUUCUGAUUUGGAACAGGGAGGAAAAUCUGCUAGGGUUGUGAACUGUAUUUUAGCUCUUAAGUCAUAUAAUGAAUGGAAACAAAGUGGUGGAAUUGGGACAUGGAAAUAUGGAGGAAACUUGAAACCCUCAUCUUGUGGGGGUGGGAAACUCUUCAUGCGAAAAAAUUCCGAGCCUUUCAUGAGUUCCUUUUCUCGGAUGAGCAGUGGCGAUCCAUCUUCAUUUGAUGAACAAUUCCGUGACCUAAGCGAAGCUGGCGCCUCUCGUUCUUUGAAGAUGCUUGUCCGUACAGUUCUUUCAAACAGGAAGCAGGAAGAAAUACCAAAUAUUGUAGAGUCUAUGCUAAAUAAAGUCAUGGAGGAGUUCGAGCGUCGGUUGGUGAGCCAGAAUGAGCAGAUGAAAACAACAGCAAAAGAUAUGGAAGAAUCUAGCCCUGACAUGCCUCUUUCAAGCUCUAGCGAUACAAGGAUGGAAGAAGACUCUUCCACACAAAUCAAUACAGAGGAAUGGUGCACUUAUAAGGGCAAUCCUCAUGAGGAAUCAAAUGACCAGCUUUUGAAACAGCAAGUGUUGGUUGAACGACAACAAAAAGACAUUAAGGAAUUGAAACUUACUCUUCAUGCUACGAAAGAAGGAAUGCAUUUUUUGCAGAUGAAAUAUCUGGAGGAGUUCAACAAUUUAGGUAAGCACUUGUAUGGUCUAGCUCAUGCUGCUUCAGGCUACCAGAGAGUCCUAGAGGAGAACCGCAAGUUAUACAAUCAAGUGCAGGACCUGAAAGGAAAUAUUAGAGUAUAUUGUCGAGUAAGACCCUUCUUGACUGGGCAACCAAAUCGUUUUGGUACGGUGGAUCGCAUAGAUGAAGGGAGCAUUUCAAUUAUCACCCCUUCGAAAUAUGGCAAAGAGGGACGCAAAUCAUUCAGCUUCAACAAGGUUUUUGGUCCUUUGGCAACUCAAGGGGAGGUUUUUGCAGACACCCAGCCUUUGAUCCGGUCUGUUCUUGAUGGGUACAAUGUAUGUAUAUUUGCAUAUGGCCAAACAGGAUCCGGGAAGACCUAUACUAUGACGGGUCCCAAGGAUCUUACAGAGGAAAGCCUAGGUGUAAACUACAGGGCAUUGAGUGAUCUAUUUCUCCUCUCAGAUCAAAGAAAGGAAGUUAUUUGCUACGAUAUCUCUGUCCAAAUGCUUGAAAUUUACAACGAGCAAGUGAGGGAUCUCCUUGCAACUGAUGGUCUCAACAGAAGAUUAGAUAUUCGAAACAGUUCUCAGAAUGGAAUAAACGUACCAGAUGCAAGUCUUGUGUCUGUAUCAUCACCAUCUGAUGUCUUAAAUUUGAUGAACAUCGGGCAAAGGAAUCGUGCAGUUAGCGCUACAGCAAUGAAUGACCGGAGCAGUCGCUCCCACAGCUGCCUGACAGUUCAUGUUCAAGGGAGAGACCUGACAUCUGGAGCAGUACUCCGUGGUUCGAUGCAUCUAGUUGACCUGGCAGGAAGUGAACGGGUUGACAAAUCUGAGGUGACAGGGGAUAGAUUAAAGGAAGCACAGCAUAUCAAUAGAUCUCUUUCUGCUUUGGGAGAUGUGAUUGCCUCUCUUGCUCAAAAAAACUCACAUGUUCCCUACAGGAACAGCAAACUCACUCAACUACUCCAGGAUUCACUUGGAGGGCAGGCUAAGACACUCAUGUUUGUCCACAUAAGUCCUGAGGCUGAUGCUCUUGGAGAAACAAUUAGCACACUUAAAUUCGCUGAACGGGUUGCCACUGUUGAGCUUGGCGCUGCUCGAGUUAAUAAAGAUAGUUCAGAGGUGAAGGAGCUGAAAGAGCAGAUGGCUAAUCUCAAAGCAGCCUUAGCAAUGAAGGAAGGAGAGUCAGAAAAUUCACAGCAUUCUCGAUCCAGCACCCCUGAAAGACUUAAAAGGAAGCCUGGUUUGCCCUUUUCUUAUAGUUGGCAUAGUGCAAGUAGCAUCACCAAUGGUCAUAGGCAGAUGGAGGAUGGUAAUGCAGAGGUUAGGAACCACUGUUCGUCUAUUCCAAGAAGGCGAAGCUUGGAUCCCCAGGACUUGAUCAUGUAUUCACCUCCUUGGUCAUCUGCUGGCAGUCCUGCAUUGAGUGGAAAGGAGGAUGAUAAAGAAUCGGUCUUUGGUGACUGGGUUGACAAGGUCAUGGUGAAUAGGCUUGACGCUGCAAGAAGAGAUGAAAAUCCUGCAGGGCAAUGGGAAGUAGACAGCAGACAAUUGCCUGGGAUGUUUUAUCAGGUUUAUGCUCGAGACCCUUCAAAGAUUUAUCCAGAACAACCCUACAAAUCUCCACAAAACACAAAGGACAACCAAGAGUAUGAUGCUCAGAGGAGUAGGUUUGAAAUGGCAUCCACUGAUGACUCUGAUGAACUUGAGGCUGCAACAAGUGAUUCUUCUGAGCCAGAUUUGCUAUGGCAAUCUAACAUUCCUAGAAUGACCAGCCUUCCCAAUCCCAAUGUGUUGGGAUCUAAAACAAAGAAGACUACUAAUCCAAGGGGAUUCAAGAGCACAGAAACAAGGAGUUUAAUUCCAUCGCUAAUUCCUUCACCAUCAAGGAAACUACCAAAUGGGGUGAGUCCAGGCCUCAACAAACCUGGAAGGCAGCUAGUUUCUGUUGAUGGGAAGAGGAAAACUGGGCAUGCAAAGUGACAUAAAAGGAAGUGGCUUGGUGAUUUUUCUUUUCUUUUCCUUUUUUCCAUUUUUUGUGUAUCUAUUGUAUAGUUGUAGAGAAAGGGAUAUAGAGAGGAGAAAGAGUUGAAUGGUAAUGGAUUUCAGUUGCCUGUGUUUCUGUGGUGGUGAUCAUGAGGUUUAUGCUGUCCCACCAUGCCGAUUUCAAUUUGUUUAUACGAGUGUUCUUCAUCUGGUGAAUUCUUUUGACAUCAUCUUCUUUUCCUUUUGUAUUGAUCAGUUGUUUAAAGAGAAGUGCAAUAUAUAGAGAAGACCAAGAAAUUACAUCA